UGGCGAUUCAGUUUCACCACGUGAUAUGAUCACGUGCUUAUGCUAUGUACAGGUUGUUAGUCUAGAGUUGAGCCACCUGAAGCUGGCGUCGGCUGCAUGAAAGUCGCUCAAGACGAAAUUUGAAGUUUCCAGCUUGCGAUAAGGAUUUAAAAGGACUUGGGUAAUCAAACUGAGCUCAAGGUGAGAUAAACAUUCCUGAAUUCGAAAACAAGAUGUCGGAUGAAGAAGAAACCUUCAAUGAUGAUGUUGAGUUUCAAAACACCCAGAAAGAAAUCGAAGAGCUAAGAAGAAAGGAAGAAGAGCUGAUGUCAAAGAUGAAUGCAAUCGCCAACAAGCGAAAAUCAGCGUCUUAUAAUUCAUUGGAAGAAAAUGAUAUUGUAGAAAAGGAGCAAAAAGAUGAAGAGUCAGAAAAUGAAGAAGAUGAAGAAGAGGAGAAGAUCGGACAAAAAAGAAACCCAUCAUUAUCAAGGGGAUCUUCAAAAAGCUCAGAUACUUCUAAACACCGACCUGGUAGUCUUGAAAUCGUAAAUGAGCCUGUUCCUUCUAAAUCCAAGUCAAACCGCUCAUCAACAGGAUCUCCAACGAAAGAGGAAAGGAUGUCUUCCACCCAGAACUCAAGGUCAUCUUCUAGAACAUCACUUACAUCGCCAACUAAGAUUUACAGCACUACCGUGACAAUUAAGCAAGGGAGAGGAUCUUCAGCUACAUCACCAACAAAAUCAGAUUCUGGGAAACGAAACUCGCUAUCUUCCUCCGGAGAAAUCGCUUCUACACAGACAAAACAAAUUAAAGUCACCUCAAAGGGGAAAAUGACAAGAAGUUAUUCGACUCCCGAAGGCAAAUCUGCUAAAUCGCCACGAGGAAGCAAGACAGAGCUCAGGAUAAGCCCUGAAAAAAAGAAGAUAGCACAGAAUAAAUCUCAUAGAAGGAGCUUUCCAAAUGACAAUAUUGACAGCAUUGAAGAUCAAAGUAAACUUUUGAAGAAAAAGGGAGAAUCGUCCAGCACAACAAAUCUAUCCUCUACAGAAGUGCCAGAGAAUGCACUAGUCGAUCGCGGAAUAAGAGGGAGCAGGUCUUCAUCGAGAGACGGAAGAUCUCGAAAUUCGCUGCAUAUCAACGAUGAUUCAUACGAGAUAAUAGAAAUAGAAGACGAAGAAGAUGAAUCCGCAUCAAACCAAUCAAAAAGCAAUCUAUCAGCAAAAGAGAAGAUCGAGCAGGAGCUCGCAGAACAGAAGCAGCGGGAAGAAGAGCUACGUUUAGCUCAUGGAAAAGCCACCAAUGUAGAAUCAGAUGGAGAAGAUAACGAAGAUGUUUUCAGAGAGGAAAGUGACAUAGAUGAGGGAAGAGGUGAAGAGAUAGAAGAAAUAAGUGAUGACGAAAAAGAAGAAAAAGCAGAAACACUGAGCACCUGGGAAAAAAUAGCACUUGAGAUAGAAGAAGAGAAAAUGAGGGAGGAAGAAGUCAGAAGAAAAUCCGUAAAGGAAGAAGACGAUGUAGAUUCGGGAGAGGGAGAAGAUGAUAAUAUUAGUGAAGAAGAAAAGAAUGAUAUUUCAGUGAAAAUAAACCUUGAAAUAGAAGACCAGAAACGACGUGAAGAAGAGUUAAAAGGUAGUACCGCGGUAGAGAGCAAUGGAAUUAACAGCUCUGAUGAUGAAAGCAGUGAAGAUGAGAAGAUAAAACCAGUUUCAGUGCAAGACAGAAUUGAGCUCGAGAUAAAGGAAAUCGAAAAACGCGAAAAAGAGCUUAAAAAGAAGUACAACAUAGAGGAAUCAGAUGAUAUUGUUGACGAGAGUAUGGAAAACGAUACCAGUCCGUCAUUCAAUUCAGAAGCAAGAUCAAAGAUACAGCAGGAGAUUGAUGAUUUCAGGAAGAAGGAAUCCGAAUUCAGAAAGUUACACGGAGUAGAAGAAAGUGAAGGUAGUGAUGAAGAAGGCGACAGCUACAUGCCAGGGGGUAACUCACUAAGCAUUGUUGAAAGAGAAAUAGCGGAACAAAAGAGAAAGGAGAUGGAAUACAGGAGAACGCACAAAAAGGCAUCUGGGGAUGACGCAGAUGAAAGCAAUAGAGAAGAAGAUGCUCGAGAGAAUAUUGAUGAAAUACCAGAAGAUGAAUCUAUGCUGCUUGGACGCAGCGUCAAAGUAAGAUCGAAAGCAUCUGACAAAAGCCCUAAAAUGAUUGGCAACAGCGAGUACAACGUCGCCCCGGGAAUAACAAAGAAAUUCAUUCAUAUGUUCAAUAAAGGUACAGAUCAGCCGGGGGUGAGGAAACAGGAAGCUAAAGUGAAUAUCAAAAUGGAAGAUAAGUUGAAGAUGAAUGGUCAAAAUGACAAACAUAGCGAUGAAGAAGAGGAUGAGGAAGAGGAAGUCGAAGAGGUUGGUGAAGAAGCAGGCCUGUAUGAUGAGGCAGUGGAUGAAGAAGGCAGUGAUCUAGGUGACCAGAGUGAAGAAGAAGACGAGUUUAUUGAACGAAAGAAGGCCACUGGUAUCAAUACACCUUCACCUGGAAAGAAGCUAGUAUUAAAAGAAAGAAGUCGAAAGGGAACGCAGCGGAAGAAGAUGAGAUCGAGAAACCAAAAGAACAUAAGAAUAAGCCAAGUGUUAUCAAUAAAAAAGCAACAGAAAAAUCCAAGGAAAGCAAGCCAGUUAAGAAGGCGCAUCCGUUAGCGAUGCAAUGGGAAAAGAUACAGGAAGAAAAACGACGGGAAGCGGACAAGAUUGACGUAGAUGCGAAGAAGCGACAACAAGAGAGUGAGCGGAGGAAGCGGAAAGAACAACAGGAAAAGAUGCAGGAAGAGAAACAAAAGCAGAAA